CAGCACGGGGAGCAGCAGCAGAAGCAGCAUCAUAAGCGACUUCAUUGCCUCGUCACAUUGAUGAGGAGCAGCGCACUUGCUCUUCUCAUCCUUCCUGACCUCAUCGAGCGAGGCGACUCCUUUUACCCCUCGAUUCCUAGCUGCGUGCUACGGAGAGGCACUCUCGAUACCCUAAUCUACCCUCACGACCCAUUCACGGUUAGCACUGCCUGCAACUAGGCAACCAAGCGGAUCUUGCCGCCGUCCUCAUCACGCAGCGCACCGUCUCACGAUCCUGGCUAAAUACAAGCGACGCCCUCUGACGACGACGACGACGGCAACUUGAUCGGCCGCGCACGUCAGAACGACAUUGCCCCUGACACCAGUCUCGGGCAUGACGACCAUCUUCAGCAGAAGAUCGGCCAAGUCCAAAGGCGGACUAGGCAGUCUGGGCUUCGGCACCUCAUCAUCCUCCAAGUCCAAUCGAUAUGGCACUGGUAUCUCCAGCAGCGACUUCCACGGUACCUCCGGUUCCGCCGAAGCCAACGGCCACGAUAUCAGCAACACAGCAACAACGCCAGCAUCGGCACCGCCAGGCUUAUCGCUGUCACUGCCACAUUCCAGCGAUCGACCGAAGCUGCCUACCAAGUCGAGCGCAGCUACUGGACCCUCUACCACACAAAGCCCCUACGCAGACGACUUUGGCAGGUUGACGCCCACGCAGACGAUGCCUCGCAAUGGUGCAAGGAUAGCUGGAGUGGGAGGGCUCACAGUACCACGGGGGAGCGAGGGCGGUCUCUCAAGACAAAGGACAAUCGAUACCAACGGCUCUCGACGAGCUUCCCCUGAUCCUUUGCUACCUCUGCCUGCGGGUACCAAUGCAACGGCUACAGCCAGCGGCAAAGAGGUCUACCCGUACGGCUACACGCACGAAGGAUGGGACAUCGAAAUCACACAAGCAACUGCUACGCAAGUGGUCGAGCUGUGCGCAAAGGAGAUUCGUGCACGAGGCCUCGACUCUCCACUCAUCUUCUCGUCGAUGGCCCUCGACCUGUCAGCAUCCGGUGUCGCCUCUCUUAUCAAGGCCUUUGUCGCCUCAGACCCUCAGGAUCUGGAGCAAUCGACGCUAGCCCAAGAUGUCCGUUAUGCUAAUCCGCACAAUCUCGCAGCUUUCAUCAAGUGGACGCUGGCUCGACUGGGCCGCUUCUAUGCCGUACCCGUCCCAAGUCAGAACCCUGCAAAGAAGGGCGAGGUUCAGGAGGAGGUGGCGGUGGUGCAGCAGAGAGGUUGGCUCGACAUUGAAGCCUACGGGGCUUGGCGAGAGCGAGAAAGAGCCUCCGACUACCCCUGGACCGCCUUCACUCAAUUUUGCUCCCUCGUCGACGAUGACGCCGGUAAACUUCUCCGCUCCCUCUUCUCCCUCCUCUCGUCAACCACCUCUUACUCGCUCAAGAACGGCAUGACGCCGUCAAAACUCGCUCGGCACUUCGGCGUCUUACUCUUCGGCUUGCCUGAGGACGAGACCUUCGCUCGCACGUACGAGUCAUUCAUCAAGGCCUCUAACGCGACUGAGCAUCUCUUUCUUGCCUACAUCAGGGACCUCGCAGCAUUCGAGGUGCUACCCAUGCGCCUCAUGAGUCACGUUGACAACUACCCUUUGAUGCUAUCGCACGACACGAUGAAGCCAGCCAAGCAUGUCCGCACGCUACCCGUCACUCAGAUCGAGCGUAACGUCCGCUUCUACUCUCAGGAUCUGAUCCAGUCUGCUUGCGAGUGGGAACUGGCAGAUCCUUGCGAGGAAUGGCUCGCCUGCUGCCUGUUGGCCAAGAGAAAUGGCGUUGAAGAGCCUCAGCUCUCGGACCGCUUUCGCAAGCUGGUCAAUCUCCGUGGAAAUGGCGGCCUUGAUCGAGCCAGCAGCGGCAAGAGCAACGGGCAGGACAAGCUCAAGCCAUCACUACCGCCGUCUGCGAGUGACAACAUCAGCCAUCACCUACCUCGACAUCGCAGCAAGAGCGAAGAUCCAGCCUCGUACACGUCCGUCGUCGACGAGCAGUGGGGCACCUUCCUUAACGAUGGUUUUGCAGCACCAGAUCCGUCCAAGCUCGCCUUCGACCUUCACGAGUCAGAACGCAAGGCUCGCACGCAGAAGAGAUCGACGCUCGCGUGGUCCGACUUCCGUGACCUCGGCUUCGACGGUCCUCAAGACGGUGCAGCCCUUUCGGCGGUACUCAGCUUCGAUGAUGGACUGAGAGAGGACAUGGAGAAGUGGCCAGGCGAGCGAGCCGAGCUGUUGGAUCGCAUUCGAGAGCAGACCAAGAAGGCUCCGCCCUUCAAGUACGACGGUAGGCCGAGGGUCAUUGCUCGUCCAGGCGAUACCGAGACGACCGAUGGCCGGGGCGAGACGAUUUUCACCCACGUUGACGACGUUUUUGCCGAGGUCUGGGCUGACUUCCUCAUCGGCAAUGGCUGGUCCAAUCGCGACGAGCCCACGCAUCGCACGGCGAACUUCGUCGUGCUGCAGUACAAGAGUCGGUCACAUGCCCACUCUGUGGAAGGCCAGGACGCUGCAUCUUCGACGUCCAGCUCGUUCUCAGAUGACCGCAGUGACGCUGCCUGGUUCGUCGUCCAGGAGAUUGUGCCGAGCGACUACAGGGCGGAGCUGGGGGCGAUCGGUCGCUCAAAGGGUCGCAGUGGGUCCUCUGUUCGUAAGCUGAACCUCUUCCGCAGACUCAGGGGAGGUAAUAAGGACAAGCCGACGCCAUCCAUCCCUAACAGCUCAAGCGCAAAAUCGUCGGCUGGCACAACUGGUAGCCGCAUUGGCGCAUCGACCGCCGCGGGUCGAUCUUCGACAUCCAACACUCGGCCAGUAAAGGACGAUGGCGACAUCGACACGCUCUUCCCUCCUGGGACCAAGAAGCUUCACCUUGGACAAGAUCCUGCAAGUCGCGCAGCCCCAUCCCUCGAUCUGGAGCGCCAUUCGACGACCAAGAGUAGCAAGCGCGGUGUCAACCUCUUCAACACGCAGAUGCCUGGCUCCGGCUCGUCAUCGGCAGAAGAGCCGGUCGAAGGCGGUGGUGGCUCAGGAGGUGGCUUCAUGACCAGUCUGCGUGGAAAAGCCUCUGGCAUGUCGAUUCGCCAUCGUCUUGGUGGGAGCUCGGCCAAUGACGAUGCGCCUGCACCGCCGCCUCCUCCCAAGGGCUCAUCGACGGCUUUGAGUGCAGGUCAGCCGCAGAACGGAGGCCUGAAGACAACGUCGUCCUUUGGCUCUGCCGACUUCGAUACUCACAGCUUCCAGGACCCAGACGACCACCUCGCGCCGAAGAAAGAGGGAGACAAGAAAGUCAAGGGCCUCAGCGCUGCUCGCAGCAUAGUGCGCCACAAGCCUCGUCAGCAGUCCCGAGACGACUCAUGGGUAGACGUCAUGACGAAGAGCAGGAUGGGCGAUCAAGACGCGGUGCCGCUACGAGAGGUCAAUGUUCCGCGGACCGCCCCUAUCAGGACUUCGUCGCUAAUUCCAGAGUCAGAGGACGGAGUUGAGGAGGAUCAGGGCGGCCGCGGCGACACCACGCCCACGAUGACCAUCUCACGCUCGCCAGCGCGCACGCCCACUCAAGAGCAAGCCGCGCCUUUCGGUCCCACGUCUACUUCCGGAGCCACGCUCAAGGCAGCGACAACACCUUCACCAGCACGAACAUCGCCUCAGCGCUCAUCUGCGCGAAAGCCGGCUCCUGAGGUAGACCAAUUAUCUCCGCCAAGACGACAGGAUGCAGGCAGCGCGAGCUUCUCAAGAGGGUCGCCUUCUGUCAAACCGACUGGCGCAGUGGCGUCUGCUCCCGCCGGGCCGACUGAGUCUACGCCUCCACCCUCCGAUGGCUCACGGCCGUCCCUCAGCUCCUCCGCUGCGACCAAUUCUCCCAGCUCGCUAAUCGAGUCCCGCUUCCCCACCCCGCCAGACCGUCUCUCGCUCAUCUCAUCAUCCGCUGCUCCAGCCGACUACCGCAACAGCUUCGUCUCCACCACGGACAGCGAGGCAGGCGCAGAGAUGAUCGAUUUCCGCAUCCCGAAGCGGACUGACUUGCGUAGCGUCAAUACGAGUGUGGAUGAUGCAGCUAAGGGUGAGCAGAGCAGGCAGGAGAGAGUAUCGGCUGCUGUACUCAGGGCGAGGGAGCUGAGGGCCAAGCUACAGCCUACGGGGCAGUCGGGCGGGCAGACUGGUAGGUCUGUGUCACCGCAAGACCCCGCGGCCCCGGGUAGUGGCGCAGCCAAGCCAAAGAUCGACCCUUUUGCCAAGAACCCCACAUCAGGCAAGGUGGCUAGUAUCGCAGCUCGCUUCAAGGAGCCCAGCGCGGGCACCAGAGAUGUUGAGGGGGCAAUGCGACCCGGCGGCGGGACCGUCAAGGCGCGGGCAGCUGCGAUGGCUGCUGCUGCCAAUGCUGGAAAUGAAGCGCCCGCUACAGCGAGCGACCCGCCGGCUGUCAAGACAGGACCAGCAGGUAACAAGGUAGCAAGUCCCUCGUCUUCGGAGCUCACGCAGGCCGCAUUAGCUCGAGCAGCCAAGAACAGGAGUAUGAUGGACCCGGAACAGCCCCCAUCACCCCGUCGACCCGAUUCCAUGUACGGCGGGGCAGGCAGCAGUGUCGCCGGUGAUCAUGAGUCCCUCGCACCGGACGAUGCUGCCUCCAAUUACUCGCGCGCCUCCUCGUCGGAUGAUCCGCCUGGCUCAAGCGGUGCACUCGCCGGGUCAGGAGGGACGGAGAGCAAUUGGGGUAAAGUGGUGACCCGUCAGCAUGGCCAGCAACAGGCGUUGCAAAGUGCCUUAUUGCAACAGGAGGGGAGUCAGGAAGACGAGGCCGUGGAGACCCUUGAUGAGGACGAGGACCAGCAAAUUGCGGCGAGAGAGCCGUACAGGCCUGGUCAGCCACUGGACAACUUGUUGGAAGAGAGUGAGAGCCAGUUGAGCGGGACGAAUAGUAGAAUGUGAGCGCGAGAGAGUAGAGCUGAGCGUUGCGCUGGGGCAAUCCCUUUAAGAAGGCGAAGGCAGACGGGCUGGAGAGAAGAGCAGAGAGGUAGUCGGGAACCAGCAGCAUCACCAUAACAACCAUCGCGUACCGCACAAGUCCACUUCGACUUCUUUCCCCAGACCUCAUUGUUUAUCCUCUUUCAUCGGCACGCUUGCUCAGAUGAAAGCGGCGGCCAGAUUCAAUAUUGAUACCAAACAC